AUGGAGCAGAAGGACAAAUUCACCCGUGGAGAAGGGGCUGGGCAGCUCUUUGGAGAAGAAAGUCUCUACGAAUGUUCCUGCUGCAAGAAAUGCUUCCAGGAGAGGUCAGAGCUCAUUUGCCACCAGAGGUUGCACGGAGGAGGAAAGACUUUUAAAUGCCAAGAGUGCGGAAAGGAGUUCGGGAAGAGUUUGGACCUCAGUUCCCAUCAGAAAAGCCACAUGGUGGAAAAACCCUACCAGUGCUCGACCUGCGAGAAGUUCUUCAAGGACCGGUCCACCCUCAUCAGGCACGAGCGAGUGCACACGGGAGAGAAACCCUACCAAUGCCACGAGUGCGGGAAGAGAUUUACCCGCAGCUCGGACAUCGUCGUCCAUCAGCGGAUUCAUACGGGGGAGAAACCCUUCGAAUGCUCGGAGUGCGGGAAGAGGUUCAGCCAACGCUCCAACCUCUUCACCCAUCAGGUCGUACACACCGGGGAGAAACCCUUCGCCUGCCACGAAUGCGGGAAAACCUUCGCCCGCAGAUCGGAGCUUACCAUCCAUCAGCGAACGCACACCGAGGAGAAGCCCUACCAGUGCUCCCAGUGUGAAAAAUCUUUCCGGGGAAGGUACGGACUCUUCAGGCACGAGCGGUUGCACACGGGGGAAAAACCCUACCAGUGCUCUGAGUGCGGCAAGAGCUUCGGUCAGAGCGGGGACCUUAUCACCCACCAACGCUUCCACACGGGAGAGAAGCCCUACCACUGCUCCGAGUGCGGGAAGUUCUUCUGUAAUAAAUCCAGCCUCGUUAAACACCAGAAAUGGCAUUCGGGGGAGAAGCCCUACAAGUGCCACGAGUGCGGGAAGAGUUUCGGGCAAAGCUCGGACCUCAUCGCUCACCAGCGGACCCACACGGGCGAGAAGCCCUACCCCUGUGCCGAAUGCGGGAAGAGGUUCACCAGGAAAUCCAGCCUCAUCGUCCAUCAGCGGGGACACAGAGGAUGGAGAACGGGAGAACGCUCAAAAUGUGGGAAGAGCUCAGAGGAAGACUCCGGCACUGACGCUCCCGGAACCGUGGGUGUGGGAGAUGGCUCGGCCCCAUGCACUGAGUGUGCAAAGCCCCUCGAGGAGGCAUCAAGCCUUCUUGAUCGGCAGCGGUGA